AUGGUCCAACUCUGGAUCUCGAUGCUUCUGCCGCCGCUCAUUCACACGUCACUCGUCAAGGCACAAUCGUAUUCUACCUCGCCCUUCAACGGCAAUGCCCUCGCAUACUUUCAAAGCCUCGCAAAUGGACAGACGAUCCUGGCCCCAAUCGUGUCCAUUCAUCCAAAUCUCACCCGAGUCCUGCCCUUCGGGUUCUCUUCCAAUACUAACCUUACCUUCGUCAACGGCACCACGACUCCAGACGACACGCACAAUUCUCUCUUCUCCAAGGCAAAAUCGGCCGCCUUGAUCUCGUACUCGGACGAGUUUCUAGCCCUCGUAGGCCCGAACCCCCAAGCGACCCUCGUAGAACGUAGGGACUCGCUCUUCGCCUUCGAAGCCGGCGCCUGGAUCCCCGAGAAGCGCCAAGUCUGGUUCACCUCGGCCGUGCAGAGCCCGCCCGUCUCGAUCUUCAGCUUGGAUCUCGAUACCAACGCCGUCACGCAAGUGAAUUCAACCGGCGACCCGAUCAUCAGCGCCAGCGGCGGCUAUUUCUUCGAAGGCGCCGUCUACUUCGGCACCUCCGGGGACUUCAUCGGCAACGCCGGCCAGAGCGGCGGCGUCGUGAAAGUCGACGUCAACACGCUGAGGGCGGAGACUGUGGUCAGCAGCUACUUCGGGCUGAGGGUGAACGUCGACGAUGUGGCAUGGGUGACGCAGGGUGAGACGGGCAAGAAGUACAUGUUCUUCUCGUCCAUCGAGUACGUGAAGCACGGGUGCGCCAUGGCGUCGUCCGUCUCGCAGUACGAUCCGCAGGAGAACUUCUUCCGACCCGUGAUCAGCGCGACGGAUAUCGGCCUGCCGAAUGGUGUGCGCGCCAGUCUUGACGGCAAGAGCCUCUACGUGACGGACUUCGCGGGUACGAAAGAGGCGGCGCUGUUGAACCGCGCCGCGGAUGGUGUUUCGGCUGUGUACAAGUAUGAUCUCGACGCGGACAUGCUGCCCGUGAACAGGAGGCUGUUCUCCUACACGCGGCAGGGCAUCGCGGAUGGGAUCCAUGUGGAUGCCUCUGGGCGGGUGUGGACGGCCGAGGGGGAGGGCAUCGUGGUGAGGAGUCCGGCUGGGAAGGUGCUCGGGAUGUUUAAUGUGCAGUUCUUCACGCCGGAGCACGCGGCUGAUUUGCCGAUUUCGAAUUUUGCGCUUGCGGGCGAUGAGCUGGUUGUCCUGGGAGGGAACUAUCUGUGGAGAGUGAAGCUGGCGCAAGCGGUUGUGUCUGUUAUGAAUUAG